GCGUGGACGGAGACGCAAGGUGUUUUGGUGUUUUUUCACACCACUUCAGACUAACAGAACACUGCAUUGGGUAUCACUAAAGGCAACACCUGCUGCUUAUAUGAUUUCAGUUUGUUAAAAUGAGCAGUCGUAAAUCAAAGAGUAACAACUUAAUACAUGCAGAGUACCUUUCACAGGUACAAAGAAUUUUACGGGAAAGAUUUUGUCAUAAGAGCCCACAUAGUAACUUAUUUGGAGUACAAGUACAAUACAAACACUUAAUUGAGCUGCUAAAAAGAACUGCUAUCCAUGGAGAAAGUAAUUCUGUACUCAUUAUUGGACCCCGAGGAUCAGGAAAAACCAUGUUAAUAAACCAUGCUUUGAAAGAACUAAUGGAAGUAGAAGAAGUGAGUGAAAAUGUAUUACAAGUUCACCUAAAUGGACUGCUGCAAAUCAAUGAUAAAAUUGCCCUAAAGGAAAUCACAAGGCAGUUAAAUUUGGAAAAUGUAGUUGGAGAUAAAGUUUUUGGAAGUUUUGCUGAAAACCUUUCAUUUCUUCUGGAAGCUUUAAAAAAAGGUGACCGGUCUAGUAGUUGCCCAGUGAUCUUCAUAUUAGAUGAAUUUGAUCUUUUUGCUCAUCAUAAAAACCAGACACUCCUCUAUAAUCUGUUUGACAUUUCACAGUCUGCACAGACUCCACUAGCAGUAAUUGGUCUUACAUGUAGAUUGGAUAUUUUGGAACUCUUAGAAAAAAGAGUGAAGUCACGAUUUUCUCACCGGCAAAUACAUUUAAUGAAUUCAUUUGGAUUUCCACAGUAUCUUAAAAUAUUUAAAGAACAAUUAUCUCUACCUGCAGAAUUUCCAGACAAGAUCUUCACUGAGAGGUGGAAUGAGAAUGUUCAGGGUCUCACAGAAGAUAGAAGUGUGCGAGAAGUACUACAAAAGCAUUUCAAUGUCAACAAAAACCUGCGGUCAUUACACAUGCUAUUGAUGCUUGCUUUAAAUCGUGUAACAACAUCACACCCGUUUAUGACUGCAGCAGAUCUGAUGGAGGCAAACCAGUUGUGUAGCAUGGACUCUAAAGCAAAUAUUGUACAUGGUCUGUCAGUCUUGGAAAUCUGUCUUAUAAUAGCAAUGAAACAUUUAAAUGACAUCUAUGAAGAGGAGCCCUUUAAUUUUCAAAUGGUCUAUAAUGAGUUUCAGAAGUUUGUUCAAAGGAAAGCCCAUUCUGUUUAUAAUUUUGAAAAACCUGUUGUCAUGAAGGCAUUUGAACACUUACAACAAUUAGAAUUAAUAAGGCCCGUGGAAAGGACUUCGGUAAAUACACAGAGAGAGUACCAGCUGAUGAAACUACUUUUGGAUAAUACUCAAAUUAUGAAUGCUUUGCAGAAAUACCCCAACUGUCCUACCGAUGUUAGGCAGUGGGCAACAUCCUCACUAAGCUGGUUAUGAAUAUAACUGGUGGCUUCAGUUACAAAGUUUCAGGCAUACUUCUGUAAGGAACUCAAAGCUAUUGUCCUUUAACAAGAUAUGUUAUUACAUUUUCUUAUAUUUAUAAACAUGUAUUUUUGUAUUUAUGGGAGACUGUUACACAUGUAGUGUCUUGGCUGUGUCUUGCCUUUGAAUCAUGAGCAGUUACAUGAUUUAUAAUUUCAGUGAUUUUAGAUUAUGUUGUAAGUAGCAGUUCAAAGAAAUAAAUGUGACUGUUUUAGGGAGUGAACCAUA